AUUUUGGACACACCAUAUUUACUAAAUGAGAAUUGGAAAUACUAUCUCUCUGGCAUGGUGUUUAACAACCCGGAUAUUAAUCUCACUUUUGAACAAGUUUACAGUGACUGCAAAGAAAAUAAGGGCAUCUAUACCACACUUAAGCUAGAGAACAGCUACAAUAUCAGUGAGCAUCUCAACUUUCAAGAGCAUGCUGGAAACAUAGGCAAUGAUUUUAAAAAUCUGAAUGUAAGUAUUGACAAUAUUGUGCUGCUGGACGAAGUGGGAAGAAGAAACCUUAUGGAUUUCAGCUCUUCAGGAGUAGACACCAUAGACUAUAAUGUCUACUUGGCUGAGAUGGGUAAAGCUCCCACCAAAGUGAAUCUUUUAUCCUUUGCAAAUGAUCUAGAAGCAAAAGCCGACCAUUUGCCCCAAGGAAGUUUGAAACAGUCCCUGAAAAGUAAUGCACAAACCAUUAGAACGAUUCACCGUGGCCAAGUCAUUCCUUUGGAACAGUCAAUGGUAACAACCUACAACCUCUGGGGUUUCCCCGGGACCCGAACAAAGCCCAUCUCACUAGCUGGCUUUCAUUUAGACUAA